CAGAGAGUAUAAAUCUCUACUGAGCUUCUCUGGUUUUCUUCUGCCGUUUCCUCAAAUCUAGACCUUUGGAGGGAAAAAAAAAAACGUUUUUUUGUCGCACACACACUUUCCUGCCGCCUGAUACCACCUCCUGCUCGCUCCAGCCCCCCUCCUCCUCCAGCAGGGACCAAGGAGGUUUUCAGCACUUUCCACGGCAGCUCAUAAUGGACAGUACCACAAAGGCUCUGUGAUUCUUCGCAUCGCUCUGACACUUGACAGAAACCACAGUUGACAGCCAAUCUCAGCGCUCACCGAGAGCGAGGCAAAAGAAGGGAGGAGAGGCGCUUUGUGGAUUAUUACGCAGACAAAGAGGGUCAUUGAAACCCAAACUGUUGUUUUAAACACACAUUUAGGUGCUCUAAAGCAGACUCAGCAAAAUGGAAGAAGACAUGGAUGAGGGGCAGAGCCAGAAAGGUUGCCUGGAGUGCUGCAUCAAAUGCCUGGGGGGGAUCCCGUACCCGUCCCUCGUAGCCACCAUCCUUCUGUAUGCAGGCGUGGCUCUCUUCUGCGGCUGUGGGCAUGAAGCCCUGUCCGGCACCGUCACCAUCCUCCAGAACUACUUUGAGGUGGUGAGGAGCCCUGUGGACGCUCUGGACGUCUUCACCAUGAUUGACAUCAUCAAGUAUGUGAUCUACGGCAUCGCCUCGGCUUUCUUCGUCUACGGAAUCCUGCUGAUGGUGGAGGGCUUCUUCACCAGUGGAGCCAUCAAAGACCUUUACGGAGACUUCAAGAUCACCACCUGCGGACGCUGCGUCAGCGCUUGGUUCAUCAUGCUGACCUACAUCUUCAUGCUGGCUUGGCUUGGAGUCACAGCUUUCACCUCCAUCCCAGUCUUUCUGUACUUCAACAUCUGGAAUAUUUGCCAGAAUGCGACGGUUCUGGAUGGGACGGAGCUGUGCCUGGAUCCACGCCAGUAUGGUAUUGUGCCGAUCGCCGAGGCCAAGACUGUUUGUGCUGGAUCAGAAAAAUUCUACAAAAUGUGUGAAUCCAACGAGCUGGACAUGACGUUCCACCUCUUCAUCUGUGCGCUGGCUGGAGCCGGAGCUGCUGUCAUCGCAAUGAUCCAUUACCUGAUGGUGCUGUCCGCCAACUGGGCCUACGUGAAGGACGCCUGCCGGAUGCAGAAGUACGAGGACAUCAAGUCGAAAGAGGAGCAGGAGCUCCACGACAUCCACUCCACGCGCUCCAAGGAGCGCCUCAACGCCUACACAUAAACGGCGGCGUGAGGCCUGGCCCCGCCUCCCUCCCUCCUCUCUCCCCCUGCUUUCUCUCCGUCUCUCUACCGUCCCCUCCUGAGGGGAGAGCGGAUGGCGCCUAGGGCCCUCGCCGCCGCUGAUGUCACUGGUGCGUCUCAUGACAAAGUGGUCUGAGGGGGAACGUCACACUCAGCUCCUCGGCCACAAACAGCAUUUUAAAUUAAAAAAAGCCCCUUUACCUCUCUCAUGGAUGGAGUCACGUUCUCAUUAUGGCAGUUGUGUUAUUCUUGAGUACCAGUGGUUUAGUGCAGGUGAGUAGUUUUAGUGUAGUCCAUAGAAACACAAGUAGCAGUUCUGUUUUCUUUUUUUUAUUAUUAUUCCAGACAUUUCUGUACAAAUCUUUUUUAUUCUUAUCCUUUUUUUCAUUCAUAAUUUAUUUUUUGCCAAUUUCUGAGAAGGUCAACAGGGGCUUCAAGGGUUUGUAAGCACAGGCGUGUCUGCACAUGUUCUGAAUGUGAGUGAGUGGUUAGUUAGAGAAUCUUUUCAUCUGGCAGAAUCAAAGCUGCUGGUGUAUUUACCGACUCUGAGCUGAGCCUGCGGAGCGGCCAACGCGCCCGUGAGGGAUUCACACAUGGAGCUGACCAAUCAGACACAAAUUAUGCCAUCGUAUGUGAUAAUCUUGAACUUUAAAAGUAUAUUUAGGACUGUGAAUGAAAGCCGUGGAAUAUUUUGACAUCCGGCUCUGUGAAUCAGAAACACAGGUCUGGUCUGUGGGGGCUCCUGGGUGGGGGAGGAGGCGUGACUGAAGUGUGCCACAGUAUUUUUCCUUCAUGACAGCGACUGUGUUGCCUUCAAAUCCUGGUGUGUUCAUCUGGGGCCUGUCACUUCAUUGCCUGGUGAUUUUUUUCUUUUUUCUUCUAGGAUCUCAAAGCUACUUUCUUGCACUUUUUGGACCAUUUCUGUGCUCUCUCUUGGUGUAAGCGCAUUGGUGUUCAACUCAAAGUUGGAUAACUGUACUGUUAGUAAAGACUGUGAAUUUCUCGGUGUUUUUCGUGGCAUGGACAUGUAUCGGUAUAGUCUUUUUGACUCAAAAUUUUCUCCGGUUCUUCAUUUUUUUCACGUCUCGCUGGAGCCGCCCUUUGUUUAAAUGUGCAGUUCUAAACCUGAUAUUAGCAGCAGUUCUCCUGUAGUCUUUAAGUUGUGUCUUUUUAGUUUGUGAUGAGCUUGUUCCAACUACGACUCUGUAAUGAUCAGAAAAAAUGCUGUCAGCUCUCUCCCUGUAUUAGUCUUUUGUACUUUCACUACGAUGCUUAGUAGCGGGCUUUAAAUCAAAUCUGUUUUGUAUUUUCAUGUGCCAGCAGCUUGAAGUGGCUUAUUUGACCUGUAUGAUCAAAUUUGCUUGCAGAAAUAAAAUUCACUUGUGUACUUGUUAACA